UGUAACCGCAUCGAUUUGUUCACACGAUCCGCGAAAUUGCUCGCAAAUUUGUCUGUCGUUUACUCCGGCGUUCUUCGUGCGAUUUUACAGGAAACAUGUCGAAAUACAGGAUAGUUAUGGUUCGCCACGGCGAAAGCGAAUGGAAUAAGUUGAAUCUUUUCUGCGGAUGGUACGACGCCAAUCUGUCGGACAAGGGCAAAAAUGAAGCUGUGUCGGCAGGGAAAGCUCUGAAGGAUGCAGGUUACACGUUUGAUGUGGCUCAUACGUCAGUUCUAACGAGAGCACAAGAAACCCUGAAAGCAAUUCUAAAGGAGAUCGGCCAGGAAGAUCUACCUGUUCAGAAAACAUGGCGACUGAACGAACGACACUAUGGUGGUCUUACUGGCAUGAAUAAGGCGGAGACUGCUGCCAAAUACGGUGAAGAGCAAGUGCAGAUCUGGCGUAGAUCGUUUGACGUGCCACCACCUCCAAUGGAACCGGAUCACAAGUAUUACGAAACGAUAGUGAAGGAUCCGCGUUACGCUGAUGGACCAAAACCUGACGAGUUUCCGAAAUUUGAGUCUCUCAAGUUGACCAUCGAGAGAACGUUGCCUUAUUGGAACGAGACGAUUAUUCCCCAAUUAAAGGAAGGAAAGAGAAUCAUUAUAGCUGCCCAUGGAAACAGCUUACGUGGCAUAGUGAAGCAUUUGGAUCAACUGACUAACGAUCAGAUUAUGGGGUUGAACCUGCCGACUGGCAUUCCGUUUGUGUACGAACUGGAUGAGAACUUCAAACCUGUGGUUUCUAUGAAAUUCCUGGGUGACGAAGAGACCGUUAAAGCAGCGAUGGCCGCGGUUGCCGCGCAAGGAAAGGCCAAAUAAAGAAAUUUAUUAUAAAAUGAGAAAUUUAUGCGUUGAUCUGCAUAAUUGUUAAAAAUUGCAACCCACUAAUUGCGUCAUCAUAACGUAGCUCAAUAAAGAGCAAUAGAUAUGUUCCAGAUUGAAGAAACAUUUCUUGUAAGAACAAAAAGAUGUUUACGAGUCUACAAAUACGAUGAGUAUGUAAAAAUUCACGUAGUUGUACAUUAAUAAUUAAGAAAAUAAACGAUAUUUAUUUCAAAUAA